GUGUUGCGAGUGGUGGUUAAUUUUAGUGGUGUGAGAUAAAAUGGCAGAAAAUGGACGAGAAAUUCUGGAACAAUCCAAACCUUCAGUGGACAAAGAUUUCCGAGUGCGCAGCCUGAAAGACCGUCAAAAUGAGGAACGACAAAGAAAACUGGAGGAAAUCAAAGCACAAGCUCUCGCAGCACAAAGAUUCAAGGAGCAAAAAGAACAAGAACGCCGAAGAAGACUAGAAGACACGAGGCAGAGAGACGACGUGAGGCGAAUGCAAGUGGAAGAGCGGAAGAAGGCGAUAAACGAGGCAGAAAGAGACAGGUUAGAGUUCAUCAUAAAGCGAAAUCAUGUGCGAGAGCAGCGGAUGGAAUCGAGGAAGAGGAACGAGCGAAGCAACGUUGUCUUCGCUUUCGGAUCUUCGACACCCAGAAUGCUGGAGCCUGCAGACAUGGCAGUGUCGUUUUGGGGAGCUAGACGGGCUACUUCCAUACAGAAUAUAGUAUCUUCCACUAAUUCGUCUUCUUCGUUGACGCGAAGACAGUCUGAAAGAGAUUUGGAUGUAGGAAAUAAAAAACGGGCCACUUCAGCUACUGGAUUAGAAAGAACUGCUGAAAACAACGGCUCGGUGGUCCCGGCGGGAUGCGCCAGCGGCUACCUCGGCCGCCGGCGCACCGACCUCGUCCCCACCGUCCCGACGCGCGAUCCGGCGCUGCACUCGUCCCGCAAGUCGCUGAACCACUCGCCAGGUAGGGCAUACUCGAUGACGCGGCUCGACCAGCUCGCGCGGCCGCGCCGCAGGCCCGACCUGCCCGCGCUCGCCGAGCAUGCGCACGCGCUCCCCCCGCGUCCCCUCUCCUCGUCCCGCGUCUCCUCGAGCAUGAGCCACCUGGCCGGCGGCCUGAGCCGGAGCGUGAGCCAUCUGGUGAGCGACAUGCCGCGCGCCACUCGGAGCAGUCAGUUGAGGGAGCAGAAGUUGAGCGCUGCCACCGGGUGCAGCGAGGCGUCUUCUCGACCGAGCAGCUCGCUGAGCCAGCAGAGCACGAACAGCGUCGCGAGCUCGGCCAGCGUGCGGCACCGGAUGAGCGCCGCCCCGCGCAAGCCGAGGCCAGUCAGCAUAGCGGUCACCGGCGUCACGCACGACCUCAGGAACGAUACGGCGAAGCCCCCGCUGCCGAGGGCUCGCAGGGUCAUAGGCAAAGCGGGUGAGAGGACCGAGAAGAGCGACAAGGCGGUCGAGAAGAGCGACAAGGCGAGCGAGAAGAGUGACAAGCCGGGCGAGAAGAGAGAGAAGGGCGACAGGGUGGGCGAGAGGAACGAGAAGGAAAGGGUUGCGGCUGCGCCAAGGCCGAAGGUCAAGUCACCGGUCGAUGUGGCGAGCAAGGCAGGGGAAAAUGCCGGGCAGGUGGUGAGUAAGGACGAGACCCAGCAGAAGCCACCGGAUAUUGCACCUGUUAUAUCGCAGGUAAAUGAACAGAAUUUGGAAGAAAAUGGAAAGCUCGAGGAAAGCAUUACAGAUGCUGGUGCGAACAUAAAAGACGACCCAAAUAAGGAAAAUGUGCCUGAAAGCAAAAAGAGUGAUAUAGAAUUAGUAUCUGAGAGCAGAGUAGUUGAUAAAGUAGAAAUUGUAGAAGAUAAUAUGCGAGAGGGAAUCAAAGAAGAAAGCAGAGAAAUGGAACGACAAGUGGUAACUAAAAUUGACACAGCUGAGAUUAAAUCAGAAGAAAAGAGAGAGGGAAUUAAAUCGGAAGAACCUCCACAGACAUUACCAGUCUCAUUACCAAACACAAAUGAAGUAUCUAAUGGCGAAAAUAUUGAAACCAGUGAGAACAUUGAGAGUAAUUCCGUCAAUGAGAUGACAGCUUCAAUGACCAAGAUCCGCAUAACCACAGAAGAAGAGGCCAAAGCUGCACUGGCAGAAAGAAGGCGAUUGAUUCGUGAAGAAGCUGAAAGACAAGCUGAAAUGGAGAGAUUACGAAUUGAGGCUGAAGCCAAAGCUGAGAUAGAGAGGCAGCAGAGAGAGGAAGAGCAAGUCAGACAUUUGAUUGAGUUGCAAAGACAAACUGAGCAAGAGAGGUUGCAAGAGGCAAUAAGAGAAACUCAGAAACGUGAAGAAGAAGAAAGGCUGAGACGGGAGGAAGAGCAAAGAUUAAAGGUACUCAAGGAAGAGUCUGAUAGGAAAGCUAAAGAAGAAGCUGAGAAACAGAAGGCGGAGUUGCAGGAAAAAUUGAAGAAUGAAGAGAAAGAAAGAGAAGCCAGGCGUAAAAGAGUAGAAGCGAUCAUGUUGAGAACAAGAGGAAAAAAUAACGCCAAUUUACCAUCACAACAGAGCACAGAUGAUAAAAAUAAUGAGAAUAAGUCUGAUGAAAAUAAAGAUAAUGAUAGUAAAGUGAAUGGAACGAAGAUAGUAGAACAGCAAGAAAAUGGGACUACAAAUAGUAGUGAAGAUGCAGAUAUUGUCGAUAAUAUUAUUCCCAGUGAAAUAGUGAAAAAUGCCAACACAGUUACAAUAGAAACCAUGAAUAGUAGCGAUUCCUUAAAUUCAAAUAAUUCGUGGCGAGGCUCACAACAGUACGGUAAUUUUGUAUGUAAUAACAAUAGCUAAAAGAAAACAAAUAUCUGUAUUUUUCAGAUUCAUUGAUGUGAGAAACUAAGAUAUAGGUUAUACAUAAUAGUAGAUACCGAACAUAUGUGUGUAUGUAUUGAAUGAAUACAUGCACACAUAUACAUGUAAUAUUUUAUUGAUUCAUUCAUAAAAUGCCCUUAUCUAACUUAUUGAUUGUUAAUGUUUGUAUACACUUUUUUUUUAUUUUCAUGACCCUAAAAUUGUAAUCUAAAUUAAUCUCAUGAAAAUAUUCUUAUCCAUAUAGAGACAGUAGAAAAUCCAUUGAAAAAUCUAAUAUAUUGAAAAUAGAUAAUUUAGGCUUUGUAUAAUACGCAAGUUUUUUAUUUAAAUACUACUUCUCCUAUAAUAUUACUUUUGAGAUUUGAUGUUGAUUUGACUUUAUGGUUUUUCUACUCCCUUUCAGCUACGGUAAUAUUUUGAACCCUGUUAUAUAUUUUUCAAUAAUAUGUAAUGUGUAUACAGGCAAGUGAUAGGUGCAUAGAAAUAUGGCAACUCUAAUUAUAAAUUGGUUAAAUAAUGACUGAGAGUGUACCUACGAUUCGAAAAUUUACGAUCAGGAGCAAAAGCGAUGUGAUUUUCAGUAUUAGAAUUGCUUCUGAUCGUUUAUUGAACAUUGAACUCUUCCAAUUUUUUAUUUGACAAACUCGGUCUGUGCUAGUCAUCUCAAUUAUAUGUAAAAUUUGUUGUGUAAUUAUUACUUAUUAUACUCUGCUGUUGGGGCACUGCCCAUCUAUUUUUUAUUAAUAUGGCAGUUUUAAUUUAUAUUAUCUGCAUUUUUAAUAUUUUUUACUAUGAUUGAAGUUUGGAUUAUGUUUGAAAGAUAUAUUUAUCACACGGAAAGGGUAAUUUUGUUAUUUAGUAUAAAAUUAUAUAUUUCAAAUUGUAAAUUCCCAUUGAAAAUUACUGUUGAUAAAUGUUCAUCCUGGUAGAAGUAUCAACAACCUCCAAUGUAUUCUCAACUAAAGUUUUAGGACUAUUUAUUGCAUUGUAAAUAUAACUAGAUCGUAAUUUAUGGAGUGGGUGAAAAAAAGUGAUUCCAUUCAAUGUUUCUUCAUGCAGUUCUCAUUAUCCAAUUGAUUACCUAAUCAUAAAUAUGAAGAAUCUCGAUAAAUGUGUCGAAACUUUCACUAGAAUUUUGUUUUGUCAAAAGUUAUCUGAAAUAAUGUAAACUUGGAAAUAUCAACCCAUAUUAUCCCUGCACGUUGAUUUCCUGAUACCUUUCGAAUUUGUUCAAUACAUUAGGGCUGUCAUGUAAUGGCAAACGAAACUUUUUUCGAAUAUUUUUUUCUCACGACUUUUUCCGAAGUUGGAUAAAAAUUUUGACAUUUUGACGUCAGUCAAGUAAUGUUUCGAAUGAAAUCGAUUCAAUAAGUAUUAGACACAUUCUCUCGGCCAGUUCACCUUGAAAUGGUGCCUACAUUUUAUAUUCAUCAGAAGUGUGGGGUUGAAGCAUAGCUUAUUCAAGAAAGUAUUGCGUCCAUAAAGAAAUCUGCUUUUUGAUACCUAGAUGUCAGGCAAUAAUUUCGAAUGAUUUACAUCUGCAUGGAUUAAGCAUAUUACAAUUUUUUCAUGAACUCAUAAUCAAUUGUAUUGUUUGUAAUUAUUCUAAUUGUUUUUCAUCCAGUGAUUUGUUUUAUACACUUUUUUGUAAUAUUUCGAGUAUUCAACUAGAUACAUUUUAAGAGCCUACCCACUCCGCAUCGAUGGAAUUCGGUAUCUGUGAAUUCUACUAGGUGUUAUGAAUUAGAUAGGAUGGUGGAUGAUGACAGAAAAAAAUGUAGCUUGUGGUUAUAACAUAAUCUUGGCUUGUUCAACAAGAUUUGUGAUGCAGAAAUAUAAUAAUAUUUAAUCUCUUUCAUAAAAGGUGAAUGGCUAUUCCAAAACUAUUGUCAUUAUUCACAUGAGUUGCAUAACACAUCUACUUUUCAUUUACCAGUAACUUUCAUAAUCAUCUCUGUAUAUUUUAAUGAAUUUACCAGAUGGAGGCAAUUAUAGGAAUAAUAAAAAAAUACCAAUAUAAAUUAUAACUUUCAAUAACAAUAUGUGGUUGAAUUGCUUGUUAAAAGUGCUUAAUAAAUGUAAAAUUUAUUUAU